GAAUUUAAGUGAGUAACUUUUGAUGUGUCGUUAGUUGACUACGAGAGUAGGCUUUCUAAGAAAUAGUCAUAAGUUCAUGAGUGUGUUAGAUUAAAUAAAAUUUAAAACUGGUUAGUUUUAGAACAGAUGUCUAAGAAUUGUAAAGAAACCGACUAUGAAUUUUCCCGAUAACCCUUUCCAAUACAGAAUAUAAAUAUAUUCAGAAAAUAUUAUUGGAUCUGAAAUGAAAUAUGACAACUCAAACUCUAACAACCAAGAAGAGUUCCUCAGUUCUUCCAGUGAAAACAGAUCAAGGGAACAUGAUAAAAGCUGAUUCUUUAUCAAAUUAUCCUUCUGACAAGCAAAAAAUACCCAAUAAUAUUGAUACUAAGAUAAUAUCCACAUCAACUUUACUUGAAAAGGAACCAAUUAUCAGUCAUAAUAAUAAAACCAAUACUAAUUUGACAAAUUGUAAUUCUUCAUCUUUACAAGAUAAAAAAUGCACAAUGAAACAGGAUACACUAAUCACUUCUCAACCAAUCAAAAUACAGUUACGUGAAGAAUCUAAAGAGUGUAGAAUCAAGAAACAAUUGGAUCUUAUGAAUGCAUCAACAGGUGAACAGAAUUACAACAAAUCUCAUUUCUUACAAAAUUCUCGACCACAUAUAUGCAUGUCACCAAGAUGUCCACCAGAUGGUGCAGCAGUUCAUGAAAUCUCUCCAUCCAAUCUCAGUAAAUCAAAUAAAUCAGUUAUUUAUGAAAAUUUGAUUGACAGAUAUUUAUUAAUGGAACAUGAUAAUCAUUUACCAAAAGAAAUCUCUUCACAAUCAUUAGCUACUACAAGUACUGUUAACAGCGUUACAACAACACCAACUUUUAUUGAUAAUUCCUCCAUUACGAAAAAUCCCAUGAACAACAAUGUCAAAGACAUUAUGACACACAGAGUUUCAACUCAAAGUACUCAAACAAAUUCCGACAUAAUGACAGUUACAUCAGCUAGUCUUGUACAUGAUUCUCUUUCCGCUUGUGAUAGCAAUAAUAAAAGUCAUUUAACCUCAGAUACGAUUAAUUCGUAUCUGUCCCCAUCCAAGAAAACUGUAAAUAUCCCUACCCAACCUCAUUCAUUAGUCAAUACAAAUACUUGGUUCCCACCUCCUCCUCCGACACCACUUCAAGAUUCAAUAAUGAAUUCUACAAAUGUUGAUUUGAAAGCACCGCACUAUCAUGAACAUUGUCGUCCAGAUGAAGUUCGUUCAUUAGUUAUAGACAAACUUUCUGAUAAAUCCUCUAAUAUCAUUACCAAUUUAAAUGUAUCUACAACUUCUGAAUUCAACUGUUCAACAAAAACUAGUACAUCUGUUUCUUCAACAACAAAUUUUAAAUUAUCCACAUCGCCACCAACACCACCUUUACCUCCACCAUCUUCCCCACCCUGUCCACCAUCAGUUCCACCAAGACAUCCAGCUACUUCAUUACAAUAUAAAAUCGAACUGACUGAUUUACCGAAAACUGUAUCUGAAAAGGUGAAGAACAAUAAUGUUUUGGAGAAAUCGGAGAGCAAAUCUCAUCAAAACUUUCAUGACACAGAUAACACAUUAUCAGUGCAAACCUCUUUGAGAACAUCAUGUAAAAAUCCCGUCACAGCUAACAUUCCAAAUAAACAGAGUUCAAUUUGUCAGUCAGAUAAAUUAUCAGAUUCUUCCGUAAUGAAAAUAUUAGCAAAUAAUUCCUCCGAGAUGACAGAAUCUAAGGCACAACCAGUUUCAACCAGUGAUCUAGAUGAAAGAAACAAAGAUUCAGCAAAAUAUCCUCUUGAUGGAAGAUCUGUUGUUCCAUGGGAUUCGAAUCAGAAAGACACUACUGUCUUACUUUCAACCACUUCAUCACAGAAAACACUUCAAACAAAUGAAACAGAAAUGAUUAAAUCAACAUGCAUUCUUUCUCACGCUUCAACAGUAACUUCUUCUACUUCAUUCCCUGACAAACGAAAUGUCAACUGGGCAUUUUCAAACCAACAUAUUUCUUCUUAUCCUUUAGAAAAACUAGAUUCAAUUAAUCUUGACUCAACAAAUCCAGUUUUAAUUAAAAAACAAUCAGUAAAAUUUCAUGAAUCAAACAGAUUACAAAAUGAUCAAAAAUCAAAUGUCACUGUAACUAGACCGAAUUUUUUAUCAGAUUUCAUAUUGAUAAAAUCUACACACCCUGAUCAGCCAUCGAUUAAACGCCUUAUUUCACCUGAUGAUUUGAAAAAUGAACGUACUAUUCGAAGGCAUUAUAAUAUUACAAAUAAUCAUAAUCUAAAUCAAUCUGUCUUAUUAGAGAAUGAAGGACAAGAUGAAUUUGUACCAUUUAUUUAUUCAGUAAAAGAUCCUACACUUUUAAAUCAUCAUAACCGAGAAUUAUUAAUAAAUAGUCAUCCAGAAAUACAAUCAAAUCAACCAUUUGAUGUAGCUUGGUUGAAAGCUCAACAAAGGAUGGAAUUGAUCAAUUCAAAUAACACACGAAAUGGAAUUCGUCGAUCUUGUCGUGAUUUCGCUCAGCGCCAAAUCAGUGCAGAACCCACAUUUACGAAUAUGCAAUCAAGUAUUAUGCAUUUAUCUCCAACAAGAACACAUAAAGAACAUUUCGCCUCUAGAAUUCCACCUACCAGUAAGAAUAGUAAUGUACUUUUAAUGACACAAUCUAGUUUACCAGCUGGAUUUCCUGAACAACAAUCAGAAUACUUUAUGCAUUACAGACAUAAAUCUGAUAACCUUGUUCAUAAUAACCCUAAUUUUGUCACAGAUAUGAGAUCGACUCGCAUGUCAGGCGAUUCUACACAUGUACAGUAUUAUCCUCAAAGAAAUCGUUCAUAUAAUUCUGAGAAUUCCUGUAUGACAGAUUUAUUUGCACCAAGUUACAACAGUAGUAUGACGCAAUCUGUAUUCUUCCCUCUAGAUUCAGGAUGGGGCCCACCAGAUGUUAAAUCAAAUGAUUCAACCAGCUCUAAACACAAAAAACAUCAUUCAAAUAUGAUUCGUUCACACAGUCAACGUACUGCCGAUCCACAAACUACUUUAUUAGAAGGUAAUCAGUUAAACACGUCCUCAGAUCACACAAGAUGUUUAAUACCUUCAAAAUAUUAUCAUCGUAAUUUAAGUCAAACAGUACCAACCAAUCCAGAUAGUAAUUCCAUUUGGCCUCCAGUUCUUGUUCAAUGGCAUAGAAGACGACCAAAUGUUGCUGUUAGUUCAGAAAAUUUCCCCGACAUAAUAGAUUACCAGGGAAGUAAAAGAUACAAUGAGAAUCUACACAUUCCAGCUGAAUAUUACAGACAUCGAAAAUCAGAUUUUCCACGUCAUCAUAGUAGUAGUACAACAGCGAUAUCUGAACAACUUGAAAAUCAACUAUGGUUUCACUGUGAUCUUUCACGUUCACAUGCAGAAAAAUUAUUGAAAUCUACACCAACAGGUAGUUUUCUUGUAAGAAGAAGUGAGACAAGUAAAACAGAACUAUCACUAUCAAUAAAACGAGAAAGUGAUGUACUUCAUAUGAAAAUUUCACAAGAUCCUGAAACUGGAGGUUAUGUUUUAGGCGAAUAUAGUCAACCAUAUCCAAGUGUUUCAUCUAUGAUUUAUCGUUAUUCACGAACUUUACUACCAGUACGUGGUACAACUCCGGUGUUGUUACGAUUCCCAAUCAGUCGUAUUGCAUUUUCACAUUAAAUAUAAAUCAAACAACUCAUAACUAUGUGUCAGUUAUACAGUCUAUUUACUUAGUGAUUUAUUUAUACAUCUCUUUAUUACUACUUCUUUUUUUUCUAACAGAUAUUCAUGAUUAUCAUAUUGUUUUUACAAUUCUCUACCCCAUUCACUUUUACAUUUUCUUUUUUUCUUUUGGAGCUUUAUUGUCUAUUUUAGCUAAAUUUCAUUUUCUUUGUAUUUAUAUCUAUUUAACAUUUCAAUAUAAAUGUCAACUUGUCCUACAUUUAUUUACAUUAGUCCACAUAUAGUGUCUUUCGUAUUAGUACUAUGAUGAAUAAGUCAACAACAACAACAAAAAAUGUUACCGAUGUUUAACACGAAUACUCCUGGUUAUAAAAUUACAAUUUAACUAGCAUUUAAUAAUUGUUUCGUUAUACCAGUGCUUUUCUUUUUCUACGAACCAUGAACAAACCACAUGUUUAUUUUUCAACUCUUUGUUGAUUUCUUUUUUCUUUUGAUAAGUUCAUAAUUCAGAUUUCUUCCAUUUUUCUUCGCCGAAUCAUCAAAUGUAAUAUCUUCUAGUUACUAACUGUCUAAUUACUCAAUAUUUAUAUUAUUCAACUCAUUAACAUAAUUCAGUAAAUUUAUACUGUUGUUUUUUAUAACGGAAAACUAUUUGAACUAUUUUACACAUAGAUUCAAAAUGUUCGCUUUUAGAAUAACUAGGGCAAAACUAUUCACAAAGAAUCGUUAACACGCACAAGCUUUAAACACAUGUGUAUAUUCAAUAUUACUAAAUAACUUAACAUUGUGUCUUUUUUUUUCUUCAUCCGCUUACUUGUUUAUUGAAUUAUGAACAUUGUGUUUGAUUGGGUAGUUUCAAAUUUUUGAAGUGUGCUACUUUAGGUUGUAAUUACUUUUAUUGCUUUGAAUUUUGUUGUGUGUUUUUUUGGUCACUUGAAUUUAUAACAUAAAUGUUGGGAACAAUAGGACCGCAGUAUAUACAUACAUUUCUCCAGCAAAUUUCAAGAGAACAUUUAUUCUGAAAUAUCGUCACCAUCAUUGUAGUUGUUACUGUGGUUAUUCUCAAUGUCAUUAUUUCUUUCAAAUAUUCAUUACUGUAUGAUUUUUAUUACUGACCUCUAGAGCUGCUGUUCUUUACGUGUCUCUAUAAUAUAAAUUUCAGCUUCAAUGCUAACUAUUUCGUUAUACACUCAAUCUAGUUAUUCGAUUUAACGGUUACCUCUAUGAGUUAUAAAUAUUAGACUUGAAUAUAUUUACAAUAAUAAUUAGAGUACAGAAAUAAAGGUGAUAUAAUGUAUAAUUAUCUUAUCGUUCCAAAAAAUCGUAACGAAGUGUUUUAUUUAACUAACCAUAGAUUUACUGCCGUAUUGUUGGUAAUCUGAAACAAGAUGAAAUUUGCUAAAGUAAUACAACAUAUUCUAUAUUAACUAAAUAAAAUACGUUUAUAUCUUAUCUGUUCAUCAAUCGGUUUAUAAUUACCAAAACUUAUGGUUAUCUAUAAUUGAAAGUGUUCAAGCAAUUCCAUAAACCAUAACCGUUUAUUUGAGUCACUUACCAGGACAAUACUCUAUGGACUAAGUAAUGUACCUUUAGAAAUCUACCUUUUAGAGAAAGUAAUUACCAUUUUUUUCAAUAUGCUUGUUGAUAUUUGCUACUUUUUUUAUACCAGUGAAGUAAUCACUGCUUUUUUUCUAUGCUUAAAAGGAACUAUAGGUCAUACACGCUGGUUAUCUAUAAACUUCACCUAACAUAAACCUACUGCCUACCUUUGAGUUCAUAAUCCUUCCACCGACUGCUAUCAGUUGAAUAUAUUUUAACUCACGAUAUUUGAUACUCAUCCCACUAAUUAUGAUGUCUAUGAAAGUUAUUUACUUUAAACUGUUAAGUAGCACCACUUCAAUUUUCGCGAAAUUUUUAUUAAAUGAAGGCUGUACCAGGAGAAUUUUCUUGAUAAUUCGCUUUAUUGUUUAACUCUACAACAACAUAUUUAUUCUGAAAUCAUCAUGUAGGUUAAUUCUAUGACUCCAAUCAAAUAAAUGCCCAAGUACCGAAUUC